CUGAAUUAUCUAACGUGACUAACGUUAAUUGACGACAAUAUUUCAUUGAAAAUAACCACGCCAGGUAAUGGCAUCGAAUAGUGGCGAUGGCGUUGUUGAAAAUUUACUUCAAUGUGCGGUGUGCAUGGAGUCAUAUGAAGAAUCCGGACCCCGGACACCUAAAAUGCUGCCGUGCCAGCAUUCAUUUUGCGUAGACUGUUUGAGAAAUAUUUCCAGAGCGGGAAGAAUACAGUGUCCAAGUUGUCGUAAACAAUUCUCUAUACCUGUUGAUGAACUUUCCAGAAGUUUCGUUCUUAUUCAGCUACUGGACACUAUAGGGUCGUCGCCCAGAAAUGAUAAUGUAACUGAAGCAAAUCUUUCGAAUCUGCUCAAAGAAAAAUUUCGUGACUCCGACAAGGCAAAAGAGUAUUUGUCGAAACUUACUGAAAAAAUAUUGAGGUUAGAAAUGUUCAAGUCGGAAGAAAUUGAGGCAGCGCUCAGUUGCAUUCAAUACUACAGAAUACCAAGCGACACAAGUCGCUCAAUUCAAAUUACCGCCACGAAGUUUGUGAUGAAUUCGAUUUCAGUUGGAGGUGAAGGAGUGACAGUACAUUUGCUUUCUGAGGUUGCUACUGAACUGAUAAAAACUAUAGAGACCUUUAAAGAUGAUGAAUUUUCUUCUGAGGUAUUGCUGACUUGUAUGGCAGUUUUGGCUUUACCCGCUAUGGAGAAUAAAUCGUUCAUCAAUUACCUGAACUUAGCCCACCUGCUGAUGACAAUUCUAACUACGAAUAAAAAUGAAUUAGAAUCGAAGUUUGUGGAAUUUCUAACUAAUAUAUCAGCAAGAAAACUGUCACAAUCAGAUAUCGCCAGUAUCGGAAACAAAAAAUAUGUGGAGAAUCUCUUAUCGAUGCUGAGGAGGAAAAUGAACACAAGGUCCCGAGAUGCCAUUUUUUAUAAUUUGCUGUCAUUGCUGGCGUACCUAACUGCUGAAACUCCUUCAACAUGUACAAAUAUUGUUAAUGCAGGAGGGAUAACAGUUUUUGCUCAGUUGCUUGAGGAUAACGAUCCCGUAUCAAAUAAAAGAGUGCUAAUGAAUUUGAGCAAUUUGACGGAUGUACCAGAAAUAUGCUAUCACUUCUUGGACGGCAACUCUGGGGCAGUCGAGUGUCUACUAAAACUUAUGAAUUCAGAUGAAAUACAUAUCAGCUAUCUUUCGGCUGCAGUCAUAUCGCGUUUGCUAACAAUCGACUUCAGAGAAUGGGAAAAACUCACGAAGUGGCCUAACCUAAGGAAUACGGCACUGAUAAAUGUGUAUAAUUGCGUGCUGGAAUGGGGUCAAAGGGCAUCAAAUAUAUGUGACCAAAUCAACUUCGUAUCAUUCAAGCCUUUCUAUUCACUUCUUCAAAGAUACGACGCGCCACCACUCCAAUUAUUUGCUGUUUGGACCAUAUCAAAGUGCUGUUCAGAUUCACGUAAAGGCAGCGGAAACUUACAAAGAAAUGCUGAUCGAAGAGCAAGGUAUCGACCAUCUUCUGGAACUGAAACAAAAUCUCUACGUGGAUGA